AUGAAUUAUGAAGGCAAUACCUCCCUCAAUUUAAGCUUAUCAUCGAGGAGGAGCGGGCUGAAAAUCUGCCUCUGGACCCGGCUUGCUUCGCCGCCGCUCAGCCCGGCGGAUCAGCGCGUGUUUUCGUGCAACUACUGCCGGAGGAAAUUCUACAGCUCUCAGGCGCUCGGCGGCCACCAAAAUGCUCACAAACUGGAGAGGACCCUCGCGAAGAAGAGCAGGGAGCUUAGCAUGCCGGAUUCGGGCUCAACCCAUCGGGCUGGCUCGGGCUAUGGCAAUAUUGGCUGGAUUAAUGAAGGGGUUGAUCAUCAUCAAGAAGAACUCUGCCAUCUUGAUUUGUCUUUGAGGCUUUGA